AUCUAGUUCCUUGCCUGUAUCCUGCGCACAUACGUCAUGACGCAACCGGAAGUGUUGUCGGGUCACGGAGGCAGGCGGUGAGCAGCGGAAACACUUUCUUCUUCUUCUUCUUCUUUGUUUUUGUCACUUUGUUCGUUUGUUUCGGAACCGAACCGGAGAAGAAGAAGCGGAGAGAGCACCGGAAGUCUUCCAGUGAUCGAUCGCCCCUCACUCGCUCAGACAAGACGUUCCACUUCCUGCCUCAGUCAUGAACCACGACUACAUGAACCACAGCACCAUGCCGAUGAAACACGACCACCACAAUGAUCACACCAUGGCUCUGCCCACCACCACUGGACACAUCCACGGAGGCGGAGGGAAUGAUGGGAACCAUGGUGGACAUGGAGGGAUGGCGAUGACCUUCUACUUUGGCUGCAACAAUGUGGAGCUGCUGUUCAGUGGCCUGCUCAUCAACUCACCUGGAGAGAUGGUGGGGGCGUGUAUUGGUGUCUUCCUAUUGGCCGUCCUGUAUGAGGGUUUGAAGAUGGGUCGUGAGGCACUGCUGCGUCGCAGCCAGGUCAACGUCCGCUACAACUCCAUGCCGCUUCCAGGGGCUGACGGGACGGUGCUGAUGGAGACACACAAGACUGUUGGACAGCGGAUGCUAAGCCCCGCCCACUUCCUGCAGACCCUGUUGCACAUCAUUCAGGUGGUCGUCAGCUACUUCCUGAUGCUCAUCUUCAUGACCUACAACGCUUACCUCUGCAUCGCCGUGGCAGCCGGCGCCGGCAUGGGCUACUUCCUGUUCAGCUGGCGGAAGGCGGUGGUCGUCGACAUCACAGAGCACUGCCAUUAGCUAGUAUGCUAGUUAGCAUGGCACUGGGAACACAAUCAAUGAAACGCUAACAACGUUAGCACGUUAGCCAACCUGGAACUACAAACCUGCGAGAUGUUCGUGGCACAAAAUGAGACACUAACGGUAACCACGGUAACACCUCGUUAUAGUUUAAUAUGCACACUAACGACUCAGAAAUCAUCGUCGUGUUUUUGCCAUAAAUAUCACGUCAGUUUUUUUUCUUUUCUUUUUUUUCUGUUAGGCGAGUCGGGCCAAUCACAGCUCAGAUCACCUCAGAAGUUUCUGAUUGGCCAAAUCAGGUCGUACUGUCGUCAUAGUGCCAUGACAGUGGGACGGUUAGUAGCUAGCUGCUACUAGCCAACAUGUUAUGUAACCCACAUAAACACUUAUCUUUAGUUAGCAUCGUUAGCAGGCACCAAUCAUCACAGUGUAUUUAAAGGUUCAUAUAUUAGUGCUAGUUUUACUAAACUUUGAUUUAAACAAAAACAUUAAAACAUUUUUCUGUUUGUUCUUUUAAAUAAAUUCAUCAACUUGAAUCGUCGAGCCACAAACUUGAAAUUAUUUUCUGAAAAUGGAAGUCUGCGGAAAUCUUUUUCUGGCGUUCACGUCGCCGUCGGCCUUAAACCGACACCGCUGCCUUAACGAGGCUCACAGACAUCCUGAAGUAACUACUGACUCAUGGCCAGUGUUGUCGGUGCUGCUGUUCAUCGUCUUUAGUGUCUGUUAGCAUCUGUUAGCGUGGACCUGCUGCGUUUACGUCACAUGACACGUUAACGCGUUUGCUGUCUAACGUGGAUUUUCUGUCCGGCUCAGACGGACCUGUGAUGUCUUUGUGAUUUAUUGAAUUUUUUUUUAUUUUUAUGGAUUCACACUGAGACAUGAGUUUAACUGGACCAAUCAGAGUGUGGGGACAGAUUUAGUUACUGGAUUUUUCUUUCAACAUAAAAUUAAAAUUUUUGGAUGAAUGAAUUCAAACGAAGUGACGUCAUCGUGGUGCGUCUGUCUGUCCUGUCUGUCUGUUGAUGUCAAUGAAGGAAACAUUAAAGUGUCUGAAAAUGUUUUAAAUGCUGGAAUCAUUGAAAAAAAGAAUAAAGUUUAUGAAGAAA